GCAUAAAGUAAAGUUCAAAUAUAAAUAUGCUCCUUAGAUGUCUGUCUUCUUCAUUCUUUUCAUUGUUACAAAAAAAUACACACAAUGGAUCAUAUGGAAGAGAGUGAGAGUCCAACAAAUGGAAGAGAGCUUGAAGAUGAUUAUAUGCACAAGUUUCUCUUUGCAGCUGGAGCAACUCUAGCAAUGGCAUGCUUAAAAAUCAUUUUGGUGAUGCUUUUCGUCAAGCAAUGGCGCACCAGGGUCUUUUUAAUCCUCAAUAUUAUUGUCUUGGCCAUUUUCUUCACUUCCAUUCAUUCAAGUUCAAGUGAAAAUCAACAAACUAUAGGUAAUGCAGAGAUGAAUAUUCAAGGAAAGAAGCGAAGAAAACAAUGUAGCUGGUCUGCCAAAGCUACUAAAGCGCACAAAGAAUGUCAGGAGAUGAGUAACAGGAAAAGGGAUGCAGAUGAAGUUAAGCAUGCAAUUAUAAUUGAUAGUGAACCUCAGAAAUUGUCCAAGGAGGAGUUAAAUGAGAGAGUUGAAGCUUUCAUUGCAAUGUUUAGGCAGCAUUUGGUUUCUGAUGCAAGAAAAGGUAGAAACUAGUUCCUCUCAAGGCCUAAACAAAGCUGACCCUUUCACCCUUUCAAGGGAAGGGAAAGAGUAAAGGCAAGUCUGAGCUUACAGUGCUACAUUCAGUAGAAUUCUGGGGAUGAAAAUGUAAUUUUUUUUUUAAUUUUCAGGGUUAAUUUGCAAUUCUUUUGCACCUUCUAUAAAAUUAUCAAAAAGACCCUUUUACUUUUGAGGUUUAAAGGUUAAGUUUAGGGUUUGAAUUGGCCAUUUUCAGAUCAAUAGAGAGAGCAAUUAGGAGACAAUUGUCUCUUGGUCCCAUCCCAUGGAGUAGGAGUUAUCAAAGCUCACUUCAAAUUUAAUUGACAAAUACUGAUGGCUACUAUACAGGGACCUCUCUAAAAUUUUUAGGUUAACAUUUCAAUUUUUGUUGCUUUUCUGCUAUUAUUCCCCUAAUAGUAGGCUGGUCACUGCCCUCUACCUUGUCUUCUUCUAAUCCAAUUCACACUCUCUUGAGAGGAUGAGCAGGCUUGAAUUGGCCAUAAAAUGAGAGCUUUUAUUUUGUAGAAAAA